AUAAUCAACCUACUAAGCAUCCAGUGCUACAUAUGUACUGUACCUCCCAGUGGCAGGAUGAACAUCAAAGACGGAAAAGAGAUUUACAUGGCUAGUUUCUAUGAAACAUUUCUUUUUGUGCUUGGUUGCAAUUUAUCUAUCAGUCUAUCUACAUAGUAUGUAGUAGGUGGUAAUAUAGUAUAUUCGCUAUAUUCGCUAUAUUCGCUUUAUUAUUAGCUUCGCUAGUGGCGGGAUAGAAUGAACAUGGAUAAGCAUGGAUAAGCAUGGAUGAGCAUUGAGCAUGGAUUGGAUGGAAAGGGACAUGAUGCCUGAAGGCAAAAAAAAUGCACCAGGGCAUCUUUUAUAAACGCAAGCAACCUUGAGAAGCAGGGAAGGAACUUGCUCUGAUUUAGUCCGCAUUACGUCAAUGGUGCAUUUGGUGCAUUUCACUGCAGGAAGUGAGCUAACCCCCCUUUUUAGGUCGAAAUUCAAACGGUAGCUGUCAAAAAGCUCCGCCGCCAACCAAUUUUACCCCGCCAUCGCCCAAGUCUAAGACAAGGCAUCGUCAUUUCAACUUUUUUGCAAAACUGAAUCUUAACCUCCUUUCUUUCUUUAUCAAAAAUAAAAUUCAACAGCCAACAACUUCCAUAUAAAUUCCUAUCGAGGUCUGGAAGCUCAAAUUCGACCAUACAAUCCAUAAGAGAUUUCAAGACAUUCCACCCAUAUCACGAAUACCAUGGCUCAGGCUAUCAAGAGCGCCUUACCUACCCACCUCAAGCCUGGAGGAAACUCGGACGCUGAGUUUAUUGGCAGACAUCAUGGAAAGACUCGAUCGCACAUGGCCUUCGAGAAUGCUUCGACCAACGUUGCAGCAGCGCAAAUGCGCAACUCCCUGACCGAACUUGCUGAGACUGUCAAGGAUCCAGAUGAGAAGAGGCUAUUCGAAACCGAAAUGGACAACUUCUUCGCUCUAUUCCGCCGAUACUUGAAUGACAAAGCUAAGGGCAACGCUGUCGACUGGGACCGCAUUGCUCCCCCGGCACAAGGCCAGGUCGUCGAUUAUGAAGAUUUAGCUAACUCCGAGUCGGUUGGAUUUCUCAACAAGCUCGCCGUCCUGAAGUUGAACGGUGGUUUGGGUACAUCUAUGGGUUGCGUCGGUCCCAAGUCAGUCAUCGAAGUCCGUGAUGGCAUGUCUUUCCUCGAUAUGUCCGUGCGACAAGUCGAGUACUUGAACCGAACUUACAGCACCAACGUUCCCUUCAUCCUCAUGAACUCGUUUAACACGCACGAAGAUACCGCAGCUAUCAUUAAGAAGUACGAAGGACACAAUGUCGAUAUCCUCACCUUCAACCAAUCGAGAUACCCGAGGAUUCUGAAGGACUCCCUUUUGCCUGUCCCCAAGGACUUUGACUCGGCCAUCAACGAGUGGUACCCUCCCGGACACGGUGAUGUUUUCGAGUCUCUCUACAACUCUGGCCUCCUUGACAAGCUCAUCGAGCGUGGCAUCGAGAUCAUCUUCCUGUCCAAUGUUGACAACUUGGGUGCUGUUGUGGACUUACGCAUCCUGCAACACAUGGUUGAGACUGAUGCUGAAUACGUCAUGGAGCUGACCAACAAGACCAAGGCUGAUGUCAAGGGUGGUACCAUCAUCGACUACGAGGGCUCCGUCCGUCUUCUAGAAAUUGCCCAAGUGCCCAAGGAACACACCAACGAGUUCAAGUCGAUUAAGAAGUUCAAGUACUUCAACACCAACAAUAUCUGGAUGAACACCAAGGCGAUCAAGCGCGUGGUUGAGAACAAUGAGCUCGAGAUGGAGAUUAUUCCCAACGGUAAGACGAUCCCUGGUGACAAGAAGGGCGAGUCCGACAUUUCGAUUCUCCAGCUCGAGACCGCCGUCGGUGCUGCCAUUCGUCAUUUCAAGAAUGCCCAUGGUGUCAACGUACCCCGACGCCGUUUCUUGCCGGUCAAGACUUGCUCCGAUCUUAUGCUCGUGAAGUCAGAUCUAUACACAGUCAAGCACGGUCAAUUACAAAUGAGCCCUGCCCGCUUCGGUGGUGCGCCGCUCAUCAAGCUGGGUAACGACUUCAAGAAGGUGUCAGACUUCCAGAAGCGUAUUCCAUCCAUUCCCAAGCUUAUCGAGCUCGACCACUUAACAAUCACUGGUAACGUUAACUUGCAUCGUGGUGUGGAGCUGAAGGGUACCGUUAUCAUCGUCGCAACAGAAGGCUCCACGAUCGACAUCCCUCCCGGAUCAAUCUUGGAGAAUGUUGUCGUUCAAGGAAGCUUGCGUCUGUUGGAGCAUUAAUAUGUGUUUUCAAAGAUCCGCUCUGUUUUAUAAUGUAAUAGGUUGGGAUCUUUGUCGGUGUUGUCGAGUACACGCCUGGAAUGUUUGUACGCGCUGCUUCGUGUCUCGUUGUCGAGAGAUGUGUCUUUUAGCCUACCACUUUCUUCCCCUCCCCACGAAUCCGUACCCCUUCUGCGUUGAGGAAUUGGAACUCUAUAGAGAUAGCAGCAGAAUCAGCAGCAGAAAAUGCAACGUGCAAGGCAUCAGAGAAUGAAUGAUGUAUGCACAUGGGCGUAGCUAUAUAGACGCUAGGAAGAUAAUGAGAUUAAAUGCUCCAUA